CAGAGGGCCCAAUCCACGUUCAAAGAGCAAAGAAGACAAAAACUCCAGGAAUAUCUGUUGAGAAGAAAACACUUUUUGCAUACAAUAGGAAAAUGAGAUGUUAUCCCGUAGAGGUCAGAGAGCUGUGACAUCUGAGGACCAAGUUCAAGAAAGGACUAAAGUGCUGAAACUUAAAACAAAAAUGGCUGAUAAAGAAAGUGUGAAGAGACCUGCAGGGAGCAGAAAUAGUACAAUAAUGGGGAGUAAAUUUUAUUCCUUUAAAACCUUCAAAUGAACUAACCAAUUCAACUGCAGUAAUUGACACACAUAAACCUAAGGAUAGUAAUCAAACUCUGCAAUUGUUACUAACUGAAGAUAAUCCCCAAAGUCAACACAUGACAUUAAGCCAGGCAUUUCACCUUAAAAACAGUAGUGAAAAGAGACAGAUAACUGGAGAAAAACAAAAGCGAGAUGCUAACAUGCCCAAGAAACCUGUGCUUGGACCUUAUCAUGGCCAGAUUGUUCAGUCUAAGGUUGAUUCACUUAGAAAAUCUCUACAAGUCAAAGACGAGAGUUCUGCAGCAACAAAGAAACUUUCAACCAUUGUCCCUAAAGCCACAAAGCCUCAGCCUGUAAACACCAGCAGUAUAAUAGUGAAAAGUAAUAAUAGAUCCUCAAGUAUGACUGCCACCACGCAACCUGUGAGCACUACAUCUCAGAACACACAGCUUGUGCUACUUCCAAUUAGAAGUCAUCACAGUAAUACCCAGGACACUGUGAAACAAGGCAUCAGUAGAACCUCUGCCCAUGUUACAAUCUGGAAAGUGCCUCGUGAAAAAGAACCGUUAGAAUAAAAAACAGCUUUAUCUAUUGUCAAAACCAGUUCUUGUCAAGAUAUAGUAAGAAGUAAGACACUGUCAAGAAGCAUAGCAUCUGAAGUUGUGGCCAGGCCUGCUUCAUCGUCUACUGACAAACUGAUGGAAAAAUCAAAGCCCAUUGACCAGCA